CAGGAUCCGUACAGGUAAUUCGCGGUACACGCAGAGACUUGUUUUCUUCUCUCAAAAAAGACGAGGAAACAGAGUAGAGAGAGAGAGAGAUGAAGAAGUACGGUCUGCAGCUGAGGGCUCCACCGGCGCAACAGAAGAAGCAGCCGCAGCAGACGCGACCUCCUCCCGCUGCCUUCCUCGACGACGAUGACGAUGACGUUGAGAGAGAGAUCGCUCGCCAUGCAACCAAGAACAAGGCCCUCAAAGAUAUCGAGAACCAGCACAAGAAAGCAUUGGAAGAGGAUCCUUCUGUCUUCGACUACGAUGGUGUCUAUGACGACAUGAAACAGAAGAUUGCCCGCCCUCUUGCCCAAGACCGACAAGAGAGAAAGCCUAAAUACAUACAGAAACUGAUGGAAAAAGCUAAAGAACGUGAACGGGAACAUGAGGUUAUAUAUGAGCGGAAACUUGCAAAAGAAAGAAGCAAGGACGACCACCUCUUUGUAGACAAGGAAAAGUUUGUUACAAGUGCUUACAAAAAGAAACUUGCUGAGCAGGCAAAAUGGUUAGAGGAGGAACGACUGCGUCAACUUCAUGAGGAAAAAAAUGAUGUAACCAAGAAGAGCGACCUGAGCGAUUUCUACUUCAACCUCACAAAGAAUGUUGCUUUUGGUGGGGAAUCGGCUGGAUCUAGAAACCCAAUGAAACGGGAAGCAAGAGAAGCUGACGAUAAUGCCCAAGAAGCCGAUGUUCCGGUAGCGGAGGCACUGCCUCAUUCUAUCAGGGAGGAGAGAGAGAGCAAUCAAGAAGAGGCUGCCACAAGCUCACAGAAGAAUUCUGGGUCUUCAGAUGAAAAGCCAACCUCCCAACAAGAAACUGUGGCUGCUGAACAGCAAGUGGCUGAUGAAACAGCUUUGGCGGUCCGCUACAAGAGAAGCGAAGAUGCAUUGGCUGCAGUGAAAGAACGGUAUUUGGCUCGCAAGAAAGCAAGACAGUAAGAAUAUUUUUUCACACCUUGUCACUCUCCUCUUCAUUUUACCAAUGUUGUUGUCAGUGCAAUUGAUUAUAGACUCUCUCUCUUUCUCAAUUCAAUGGAUGUAUGUAUGUGCAUGGCCACCAUCCUGACAGUCCAUAACCCAAACAUUCUGAUGAUAGGAAAAUCCUAGCUGUCUGGCUGUUGUGAAGUUCAA